AUGGAAGCCGCCGACACAUUCACACUCCUCCCUCUGCAGGUGGACAAUGCCACAGGUACCAUCAGCGCAACGGGUUCCGCAAACAACGCCCUCAACACCGAGCUCGAUGCUCUGAACGCACUUCACCGUGGCCUCCUCAAUGUCGAGACGCCUACAGGCACGCCGCCGCCGCCUGUUCCUGUCAACCCUAAGCGCUCGGCACAAAUUGGCAAACUGCGUGAAUCUGGUAACGCCGAGUUCCGCAAAGGCAAUCACACUGGCGCCGUCAAGCUAUACACUCUUGCAAUCGACAUGGCGCUCACUCGCCCGCACUGGGAGCCGUCUGGUCUGGUGCGCGAGGAGGUCUCUGGAUUGCUGAGCAAUCGCGCGCAGGCGAACAUGGCACAACAGAACUGGGCCGAGGGCUCGGUGGACGCAGAGGCGAGCGUCGAGAUGAAGAAGGCUGGCAAUGCUAAGGGAUGGUGGAGGAGAGGGAAGUGCCUGCUUGAAAUGGGCAGGUUGGAUGAGGCAGAGCAAUGGGUCAAGCAGGGCCUCGAGUUCGAAGCAACAGAGCAAGAUUUGGUACAGUUGAAGGAGCAGAUCGAGAGCAAGAAGGGCGGUCAGACAAGCGUAUUGUAG